CUCUGCGGCAACCACUGCAAUCCCAUUCGGAUUGUUGAUUCCCCCCUCCCUUCUCGGGAUCUGUUCCUCAUUUUCCCAUCUCAUAUGCUCGCCCUGAGAUAAUGCACUCCACCCUCAACCGCGCCCAAGCCGUCUUCGGCUUCUUCACCACCGUCGCGCUCUUCGUCGCCGGGCUGGCCGCGUUGUCUGUGCUGCUGUAUCCGACGGACGGAGUCACGUCGCAGGUCAAGCUGCGGGAUGUCAAGGUAACAAAAGGUCGCCCGCAUUACUACUCCACGCGGAAGGAAGAGUACGCACAGCUGCGCUUCGAUCUGGAUGCUGAUCUAACCCCUCUCUUCAACUGGAACACCAAACAACUCUUCGUCUACGUCUACGCCGCCUACCCCUCCGACCCGACCAACGCCUCCUCGUCGGCCGUCUCCCACGCCGUCGUCUGGGACACCAUCAUCUCCGCCCCGGAGUCGGCUUACUCGUUGGACGCGCUGAAGGAGCGGUUCUUGGCACCUGCUGCUAAGAGCAAGAGUAACAGCAAAAGCAAGGCAGGCCGCAAGUCUACGGCGAGCAGCAAGAAGACUACCGGAAAAGCGAAGGGCAAAGCGGAGCCGGGGAUCCUGAAGCUGCGCGACCAGAAGGCCAAGUACCAGAUCGGGGAUGUUUCUGGGAGAAUGGCCGAGCGGGAGAAUGUUACGCUGGCCGUGGGCUGGAAUGUGCAGCCUUGGGUUGGCGCGCUGUGGUGGAGUCCUGGGUCGGGCAGUGUGCCCCGGACGGAGGGGGGUGUUGGGGCUAGUGCUGCGUUUGAUUUGCCGGCGUUGAGGAAGCAGCAGCAGCAGCAGGGGAAGAAGGGGGGUGUUUAG